GAGCGCCGUGGUAACGCCUCAUGUGGUUAUCACUGCACACACCUCCACCCAUCCUCUGAGCGUGUACGAGCAUCAUGAUGAGAGGCGGAGUGAAUGCAACGUGUGGAGGCCUCCUCACAGCCUUUUCGCUAGGCCCACCUUGGGUUGCCUCACGGAGCCUCCGCCCCACCACCACACAGCACAUUUCUGGAGUAAAAUAAUUGGUAGUUAGACAAAAAAGUGUGAAAGGGUUAGAUUUUGGGAGUUUAUUUUGAAUUUAGACUACCGUUUGAGUUAAGGGAUACUCUUGGGCGGAGUAAUAUUUCGGGGUUCAUUCACUGGAUGUUCAGGAACGUGACACAACACUACCCUGGUGUGUAUUCACAACUUCUCUGCUGCCGCGACCACGAGGCUUCACUUUGACUCCGUCCCGAGGAAGUUGGCCAAUAUGUUGCUGAAGGUGAGACGUGGAGGGACAAAAAAAUAUGUCAAACUGGACGAAGUCCACUUCUCAGACUUCAUCAGAGCAGUGCAACAGAAGUUUCUCAUACCAGAAAACACAAUGCUGAAAGUCACCAAUGAGCAAGGCAUAGAGGUGGAUGAGGAUGUCUUUCCUGAAGUGGCAACAGUCCAAGACAUUUGUUUUGUCAUCGACACUGAUUAUGACCUCCCACUGGCAGAAUCAUCCAAAAACAUGGAUGACUGCUCCAACCUGACCGAAUGUGUGAUACUUACAACAUGUGAUCUUACCAACCUGCAGCAACAUGAUGAAGGUCCCUUUUCUCCAAGUUGUACAGAUACAUUGUCUGUCUCAACCUCAAGCGGCCUAAGCAGUGACACAAGUGAUGCUGGAUGUGAAAGGAUUCAACCUAUGAGGGAGAGUACCCGAGCAAGAAAUAUGGUGGAGCAGGUUCUAACUUCUAAGCCGGCAGGGUUGACUGUAAUCAAAGAGUACGACGAUACUGGGAGUCUGAAAGAUUCCACCAGGCGAUUAAUGGUGAACAUCAUUGUAGCUCACAUGUGUGAAAAGGAAGGGAGAGGUGUAAGUAAAGCGACGAAGGAGUUCCAUGCACUUGGGAUUGUGUCACUUUUCCCAUCUCUUAAGGACCCUUACUCAACAAAAGGAUAUGAACAUUUCUAUGACAUUCAGAGCAACAAAGGCUUUCUCGAGUGGCGUCUCAAGACUGUGCAGCGCCAAUCCAAACCCACGUCAACAUUCCAUGACAGAGUGGAGCUACAAGGAGGUCCAACAUCAUCCAGAAGUUUUGGUUCCAUAAACGACCUGCAAACAGGAGACGACUGUAUGGAAGCCAUGUCUCUUCUUCACCACACCACUGACCAUGACCUAGUCUUCCAGAAGAUGAGAGAAACGUUCCACUAUCGUCAACAGAUGAUCCAUGACCAACAGCAAUCUGCCAACAUACUUCAAAUGUUUCCUCGUUUCUUGGACACUAAGGGACUGAUUCUGCAAGAUUUCUCAUUGAUGUUCGGAGCCGAAACUGCAUCCAGGUUCCUGGAAAGAUGGAACAGCGGUUUUAAAGACAAAGUCCUACGAGAGGCCAGGGACCAGAGAGACUCCUCUUCUGAAAAAUCAGCUGAAAUCUGCGCUGAAUGAAGCAUCUGACACCGAUGAGCCAGAGUGGGACAGCGACAUGACUUCUCUUCUUGUCUUGCUGCAUCUUCUCACUCCACAACCAGCUGGAAGGAAGCGGGCCAAGAAAAUCAGUGUCAGAGAGGCAAUAGAUCAUCUGGUGAUUUUUCACAAGUCCUGCAAGAGCCUUGAGGAUCACCUCAUGACCAUUGAGGGAACCCACCAGCCGUAUCUUCUGGCCACAGGCACUUCAAAGGCAUAGGUUUUCAGCUUCUACAUCGUAUUGGACAAAAAGCUUCUUCCUUGUCAGUCAUGUACAUCCUUGGGUGCAUUUGUUGAGCUUUUCAAGUCCCACUUCACUUUUAGUGUGACAUAUGAUGAUGCUCUGUCCAGCCUGUACACAUUUCUGCAGACUACUCUGUACAAUAUUGACAUUGGCACAACAGUAGAAACUCCAAAAGUCAAAGAGUUAAGAGCAAAGCUCUUGAACAAGCAGUAAUUAAUUAAUGCAGCACAAAUGUUUGGAUGUUUCCUCUGUGCUUCAUCUUUUGAUACAGCAUUACUUUUGAUCAGACACCUUAAACUAAUUCAUGGAAUGUAUCCUGGUAAAAACUUCAGACUAAAUUGUGGGCAAACAGGAUGUUGCUUGCAAUUCUCAAGUUAUUCUGGAUUUAGAAGACAUCUUAUUAAGAUACAUGCUCAUACUGAUGAGACAUGUGGGCCUCAAGAGACCCCUUCCAACCACAACAGCCAACAGCAUGAUAAUUCUCAGUGCAUGAAUGAUGAAACACCCUCUACUUCUUCUCAAUGCCAAAAUAUUGAAGCAGUCCCUUCACUAUCAACUCACAGCAAAGAUAUGGGUGCCUCCAUUAUAGCCAAACUUUUGGGAAGCGGUAUUCCAAAUACUGUUGUUCUCUCUACAAUUGAGAAUUUACAGGAAUUUGUGGGAGAUUUGCAGUCUAGUAUUCAGGACCAAGUAUUGAACUUACUCCCAGCCGACAAUCCCUCCAGAUCAGCUAUUGAAGAACUAUUUAAUAGUAUGGACAACCCUUUCAGCCAGUUGAAUUCUGAUAGCAAAUGGAAGAAAUAUUUCGGGGAAAAAUGGGA